AUGUCCGAUACUCCAAUGGGUUUGGCAGAGGAUGUGCCUUCUAGGCUUCCCGUGACAUCUGUGAGAGGAUUCCGAUCUGCUUGCAAAAAGUGUAACACCAUAUCCAAAGAUCAGAGCUUUACAAAGAAGCACCUUGCGAAGAAGAGGAAGAAGUUACCUGCGAAUUUGACAAUGAUGUCCGAUCUUCCUAAGGAUUUGUUAGAGGAGAUACUCUCUAGACUUCCCGUGACAUCCCGUGCAAAAAGUGGAACACUUUAUACAGUAGUAGUGGCUUUACUAAGCAUCACAUAG